GAACUAACGUCACGCUGAGUCGCUCAGCGGUGGCAGGCGGGGCCGAGGCGGCCAAGCCAAUGCGAUGGCUGGGGCGGGGUCGGGCGCUCUAUAAGUUGUCGAUAGGCGGGCACUCCGCCCUAGUUUCUAAGGAUCAUGUCUGCGAGUCAGGAUUCCCGAUCCAGAGACAAUGGCCCCGAUGGGAUGGAGCCCGAAGGCGUCAUCGAGAGUAACUGGAAUGAGAUUGUUGACAGCUUUGAUGACAUGAACCUCUCUGAGUCCCUUCUCCGUGGCAUCUACGCCUACGGUUUUGAGAAGCCUUCUGCCAUCCAGCAGCGAGCCAUUCUCCCUUGUAUCAAGGGUUAUGAUGUGAUCGCUCAAGCCCAAUCUGGGACUGGGAAAACAGCCACUUUUGCCAUAUCAAUCCUGCAACAGAUUGAAUUGGACCUAAAGGCUACGCAGGCCUUGGUCCUGGCACCUACUAGAGAGUUGGCUCAGCAGAUACAGAAGGUAGUCAUGGCAUUAGGAGAUUACAUGGGUGCCUCCUGUCAUGCCUGCAUCGGGGGGACCAAUGUACGUGCCGAGGUGCAGAAGCUUCAGAUGGAGGCUCCCCAUAUCAUCGUGGGCACCCCGGGUCGUGUAUUUGACAUGCUGAAUCGGAGAUACCUGUCUCCCAAGUACAUCAAGAUGUUUGUAUUGGACGAAGCUGAUGAAAUGUUAAGCCGAGGAUUCAAGGACCAGAUCUAUGACAUAUUCCAGAAGCUCAACAGCAACACCCAGGUGGUUUUGCUGUCUGCCACGAUGCCUUCCGAUGUGCUCGAGGUGACUAAGAAGUUCAUGAGGGACCCCAUCCGGAUCCUGGUCAAGAAGGAGGAGCUGACCCUGGAGGGUAUCCGCCAGUUCUACAUCAACGUGGAGCGAGAGGAGUGGAAGCUGGACACGCUGUGUGACCUGUACGAGACCCUGACCAUCACGCAGGCGGUUAUAUUCAUCAACACCCGAAGGAAGGUGGACUGGCUCACUGAGAAGAUGCACGCCCGAGACUUCACCGUGUCCGCCAUGCACGGAGAUAUGGACCAAAAGGAACGAGAUGUUAUCAUGAGGGAGUUCCGCUCCGGCUCUAGCAGAGUACUGAUUACCACUGACCUGCUGGCCAGAGGCAUUGAUGUGCAGCAGGUUUCCUUAGUCAUCAACUAUGACCUUCCCACCAACAGGGAAAACUACAUCCACAGAAUCGGUCGCGGUGGACGAUUUGGCCGUAAGGGUGUGGCUAUUAACAUGGUGACAGAAGAAGACAAGAGGACUCUUCGAGACAUCGAGACCUUCUACAACACCUCCAUUGAGGAGAUGCCGCUCAAUGUUGCUGACCUCAUCUGAGGGGCUGUCCUGCUACCUAGCCCUACCCAGGCUUCAGUCUGGGGGCUGAAGAGCAGGAGGGGGGAGGGAAGGGAGCCAAGGGAUGGACAUCUUGUCAUUUUUUUCUUUUUUUUUUCUUUGAAUAAAUGUCACUUUUUGAGGCAAAAGAAGGAACCGUGAACAUUUUAGACCCCCUUUUCUUUGGGGCAACAGCUGCCCCAGGCGCCGUCGCUUCUCCCAGAAACACUAAUCCAUCUCCGUAACCUAGUCGACCUCUAGCCCCCAGAGGCUCUCCCCACCCCAGCUGAACUCCUCUGAAGAGGAUUCAAGGGGCCAUAGUGUCACUCAACCUCAUUUGCUGGACCAAAUCCGGAGAAUCUUGAGUUAAAUGGCCCAGGGGAUUGUCCCCAAGUGGGGGGAGCAGGGGAGAAAAAAUGGUAGCCAUUUUUACAUUGUUUUGUAUAGUAUUUAUUGAUUCAGGAAACAAAACACAAAAUUCUGAAUAAAAUGACUUGCAAACUGC